UCCCUUUUUCUGAGUCACCCCUGCUAUUUUCAGGCCAAAUUUCUUUCCCUGAAUUCUCAGGCGCCGUGCUUCCGAUAUGAUGAGCAGCGACGGCGAGUAUUCCUGCGAGACAGCGGCCAAAACCCUAGAGUGGAUUCACGCAAUAAUCGACUUCCUCAAGCCUUACCGCUUCUUCUUAGAUUCUCACGUCGUCAAUUUCUUUAAGGAUAGGCAGUGGGAAGCUGUUGAUGUGGAAUGGAUGGAUUGUCUACGACGCGAACCCGUCGAAAAUCUUGUUCAAAUUCCUUCUGGAGUUGUCCAGGAUUAUUGGCCUGCUACGCUUAAGAAAUUUAUCCUUACAUCAAGGUCUUUAGCAAUUCCCCGUGAACAGGCAGAUCUGCAGAAGGUAUUCCCAGAUCUGCACUUGAGUUCACUUGAUAAUGUUCUUACACAAGGAAUGAAUCGGAAGAAAAAACAUGAAAUAGAAGCUCUGGCUUCCAUCAUCAAUUCAAUGGCAAGGACUGUUGGAGCUAGUACAGUUGUCGAUGUUGGUGCUGGUCAGGGUUAUCUUGCUCAAGUACUUGGCUUUGAGUACCAGCUCUCUGUAAUUGCAAUAGAUGCUUGUUCUCAUCAUGGAAGAAUUACAGAUGCUCGGGCUGAGCGAAUCAAAAAACAUUAUGCUGCUAAGAUGCGUAAUUCUAAAUUGGAAGAGACAAACUUAAGCAUACCUAAGACAGUCACAUGCCGAGUACUGUCCACUGACAUGUUGAAAGCACUGAGUUACGCCUUACUGCAAAAAGAUGACAUUGAACAUUCAGAUCUGGAUAGACAACUUGCACGUGAACAACCUCGAGCAUUUUCUAACAGCAAAGUUCCUUCUUCUUCUUUUUCUGAAGGUAGUAAGUCUUCAUUGCUUCUUGUUGGACUUCAUGCCUGUGGAGAUCUAUCAGUCACAAUGCUUAGGACCUUUUUGGAGUGCAGUGAAGUUAAAGCAGUGAUUAGCAUUGGUUGUUGUUACAAUUUGCUGUCUGAGGAAGGGGCCAAUACUGGUGAUUCCCAGUGUGGCUUUCCAAUGAGUAAAGGUGUUAAACAUGCUGGUUUUUUACUCGGGAAAAACUUGCGUGAUCUUGCCUGUCAGAGUGCAGAAAGAUGGAAAGACUUGGGAUCAGAUGCUGGUCUUCAUAAUUUUGAGUUGCAUUCUUUACGUGCUGCCUUCCAAAUGUUCAGUAUCUUGAAGGUUCUUCUUCGAUAUUAUCCAGAAAUUUUGAUAACUAGUCCUGCAAUUGGGCGUCAAGGGAAAGCAUUGCGUCGUCGACAAAAUCGUAGGACCCUAGAGUCUUAUCUGCAGCAUGAAAACAUAAGGUCCUCUGAUUCAUCAUCUGGGAAAAACUUUAAAGAAGGAAAUUGUCUUACCAUUAACUCUGCUGAAGCAGGAAUACCCAAGAAGAAAGGCUCAGCCUUCAGCACUGAUGCCUUGUUUCAUGGUUUUCCUCCUAAUGGAAAUGCUGAAAUUGAAGAGGCUAAACAUGUUGAUAAAUAUUUGCUUUUCGAGAAUUUCUGCCAGUCUGGAGUGCGGCGACUCGGUCUCCAUCAUCUGAAGGAAAUCAAUUUGGCUGGAUUAUGGAAGGAGACAGAGCCUUUUGUUGAGCUCAUAGGGCCUUUUUGGUCUCUUCGGGCUGCACUGGGGCCUGUUUCAGAAACACUUCUUCUGCUCGAUAGAUUAUUGUUCCUCCAGGAACAAGGCAAUGCCAUGGAAGCAGUAAUGUUGCCUGUUUUUGAUCCGAAAUUGUCACCUAGGAAUGUAGCGUUAAUUGCUAAGAAAAUUUGAAAGGAGCUUUAUAUAAUGAGUUGUUUGAUCUGAAAACAAAAAGGGACCCAGACUUUACCUCAGGAAUCCAUUUGGGUGUUAUGAUUAUUGCAACUUUGUGGUUGACUACAUGUCUUGGGCAUUGUUAGCAAUCUCUAUUAUAUGAAAUUAGGACAGAAGUAAGUUUGUGUUUUUUACUAAGAUAAUGUUACUUUUAAAUAAUAUUACCUAAUAUUACUAAAAAGAGUAAUGAAGUUGCCAUGCAACAUGCCACACGAGUAGAAUUGUUCGUGUUGGUUAGGAAGAAAAAUGCCCUAGGAGUGCUUUUCAUGUUGUGAAAGAAAUGCUUUUACUAAGUUUUUACAAUAAAAGAAGAAAUGCUCUUUUUUUUUGGUUGGUAGAAUACGACGACUAAAUUUAUGUUUUAGAAAUAGUUUGGUAGAGUCCUGGCGAGGAGGUGAGGAAUAAGGUUUGUAAUAGCAAGAGGGGUUAACAAUUGUCUGAUUGAAGUAUGGCUCAAUCCAUUGUUCAGGAGAGCAAAAAGGGUGCCUUGAGUCUCAGAAGGCUUGAGGAGUCUUCAGGGGCCUUGCUCCUCGAUAACUCAAGUCUUUGGUUGUCUAGUCUUUGAAUGGGUCUACAACACACAAAUAGUUAAAAGACACAUAAGGAGCUCCCCCACACGGGCUCUUUGUUGCCUACAUUAGGUGAUGCCAUGGUAUAGAAUAAAGUAUGUGUGUAUGUAUACUGUAUGAGUUUUCGGGUGAGUAUCUUCAUAUGAGAGUCUCCUGGUAGGUUUGGAGUGUGAUGUGUAUGAGUCUUCGGGCUCUAGACCUGGGUCCUCUCCCUUCUUAUUUGGCGCAUACCCGAGGUUACUUAUAGGCACUAAUGGUGGGGGCCAUGUGACAUGUGGCAUGCUAAUUUGCCUUGGAAGACUCUUUGAGCAAGGAAGUUGCGAAUGAGGCUGGAGGGCCUAAAGGUGUCUUUAGGGAUGGAAUGCCUUGAAGAGUAUCCUAUUGAUGGGUUUUCUCAAAAACUCUUUAGAGUCAUCAGGUAGUUUGGGCCCGAAAGACUCUUCGGAUGAGUCUUGGGCUUAGCUGAGCUUAAGGUCCUGGUUGGCCCGGAGACUCCGAAGUGUCUCCGAAAGAUUCUUGCCUAGAAGAUUCUUCGAGGUCAUUCAGGUCUUCGAUUUUCUCAGAUACUUUUGGGAUUUUUUGUAGAUUUUUGGUUGUAAUUUUUUUGGGGCAUCCCAUAACAAUAGCUUUAUACUCUUGCCUUUGGCUGCAAGACAAAGGAAAGAGUAUAAUGUCUCUAGCUACUCGAUGCCCCGAAGACUUGGAUGUAGGUUGGCUUGGUAUGCACAUAUGAUAUUCAAUAAGAAACUAAGUGUUUAGAAACAGUACCUAAUUGCCAAUAAUUACUUGUGUGAAAGUCAUGGGGCUUUACCAUCUUGGAGGAUACUUGUUCAUUUUAUGAGUACAUGCACAUUCAAUGUGGCCAGUAGGUAGUAUCAUUGCCUUCACUGUGUGACUAGGGGGACAGGCAUGUCUUGACUUCUAGGGUUGCCUUAGACUCGCAGAUUUUGUCG